AUGCAGGAAGAAGGUUGGCAUCCGGUCGUGGACGUUGGAUGCCGUGGGAUGCUCUCCCCUGCUGGAAGCGCCGCAAGGUCACCAGACCUCUUUCUGGACUUCCGGCGGUGGAGCUAUUGGUGGGUCUGCAUGCAGAAUCAUGCAACCAAUCCCUGGUUACCAAGGACAAGUCUGCUGGAGACUGUCGCAGCGAGCCGUCAACAGCUCCUGCACAGAAAUCGAGCAGGGCCACACCAUGGCAGUUUCGGCAUGGCAACCCUACGAUCCUCCGACGGGGCCCCGGAGGGCAGGAGGUCUGUGUGCUGCGGACAUCCACAACGCCGCACACGUUGUCAGCCUUGUCAGGCUCCCAACAUCUCCAAACUGGCCACCUCUGCCAUCACGGCGGAUGUCGACUCCUGCUAG